GGGGACAGGCGGAGCUGGGCGGGAAGGGGAGAUGGACUGUUCUGCAGACAGAGAGCCUACACUGUUUUUAGUGAUCAUAAAUCCUGACAGCAGGAAGCCCACGUUUGGAGGGCAUUCCACACCACCUGAUGGAGAUCAUAGCUCCAACAGGAGGUUGGGAAGAGUUUAUAUGAGAAAUGAUUGCCGGGUGGUGGUGCACCCCUUUAAUCCCAGCACUUGGGAGGCAGAGGCGGGCUGAUCUCUUUGAGUUCGAGGCUAGCCUAGUCUACAUAGGAAGCUCCAGGACAGACAGAGCUGUUACACAGAGAAACCCUGUCUUGAAAAACAGGGAGGAGAGAUUUAUUAGGGUGUCUUUUCUGAGUCCAGCUCCUGUUUUUGUUCUUCUCAGCUCCAGCUGGAUGCUAGAACAGCCCGUUCCGCCAGCACUGGCCACUGGCCGCUCCCAGCCGGGCCUGCACUCUCUCGAGGGACUCCCUCCUCCCGAGAGGCUCUGCAGAAGAAAGAGAAAGAAGCUGCAUUCAGAGAGGGUGCAGAGGGGGCCCGGAAACAUGCCAGCUCGUGUUAGAGCCGUUACCUAUCAUCUGGAGGACCUGAGGAGGCGCCAGGGAAUCACCAAUGAACUGAAGAAGGCCCAGUGGGGCAGCUGCGGGGCUCCACCCCAGCUCCUGGUGCUCGAGGAGGGCUGUGGACUCUUCAGCACUGCUGGCUGCCUUGACGUGGAAGACAGGGCAGCCUGCCCACAGGAAGAGAGUCAUUUUGUCACUCCCAGGGAUCAGCUGCUUUGGUCUCCCUGGACUCCCUUAGGCCAGGGGUGGACUUAUGCCUCUGGGCGCCCAAGCUCUCUGGCCUACAGCACUGUGACAGCCAGGAGGAACCCCAUUUGCGAUGUCCAGAGGAUGGAAGAGUUGGAGUCUGAGGAGUAGCAGGAAGUCAUCCAUGCCCAAGCUGCGGGACACAAGACCAAUUCAAACCCGAGAUUCUCCCCAUUGCAGGGGUCCAGGCCGCUGUUUCCCUGUCCUCACUCUCACUGCUGUUCCCAUUCCACAGUGUAGGCAUUCGCAGCCCCCUUGAGUUCCUGUCCAACCGUCCCGGCCCCUCUGAGCCGGGUUUUCUAGGCCAGACCCUGGUCUUGUGUUCUGUUGGGUCAUUAAAGAGCCCGGAGUAGUCAGUCUUGCUUGUGCUGGAGGAGAUGAUGGCCGUGGAUGCAAAGGAGGGCUCCUUUGAGGUCCUGAGGCCCAGUUACAUGAAGUCAGCCUGGGUCCCCACCUGUGCCGAGUCUCGCCCGAGGCCAGAGUUCUGCAUUCUCAGGCUUUCCCGGUGGCGUCCAGUCUCCGGGCCCACGCCCCAUCCUCCUGCGCCCACAAUCACGU